UUGGAGCCCUCCCCCUCCCCAUCAGCCCCUUCCUCUGGCACCACAUGACAUCCCCCCUUCCCCCCCUUCAGGCGUAUACAGUGGAGCUGGAGGCGGAGGUGGCGCAGCUGAAGGAGGAGAACGAACAGCUGCGCGCCCCCACCCCACCAGGCGCGUAUACAGUGGAGCUGGAGGCGGAGGUGGCGCAGCUGAAGGAGGAGAACGAACAGCUGCGCGCCCCCACCCCACCAGGCGCGUAUACAGUGGAGCUGGAGGCGGAGGUGGCUCAGCUGAAGGAAAAGAACGAGCAGCUGCGCGCCCAGCCCUUCCCCUCUCCUCUCCCCACCCCCUCAGGCGCGUACACAGUAGAGUUAGAGGCGGAGGUGGCACAGUUGAAGGAAGAAAACGAACAGCUGCGCUCCCAGCUGCUGCAGCUGCAGUCCCACACCCACGCGCACCCCAGCAUGCCAGCAGCCAUGCCUACUUCUCUAUCUGCAGCAGCACAAAUAGCAGUGCCAGCAACGGCAGCAGCAGCAGCAGCAGCAGCGGCGGCAGCAGGCACGCCACUCAGUCUCCUACCACCAGCAGCAGCCGGACCGUCCAAUCUCCCGGCAAACCCCCUCUCAACCGCUUCACAUCUGCACACAACAUCUCACCCUCACACUCCUUUGCCGGGUGCAGCAGCAGCAGCAGCAGCGGGUGGGAAGGGUGGUGCUGACAGCAAGGCACUGCAACGGUCCAGGGUGGUGCUGGCAGCGGGGCACUUCAACGGUCCAGUGUCUCAGUGGCACUUGCAUGGUCUUGCCCGACCCCGUCUCACCGCACACAAGGCUGGCAGAGCUGGCCUCCAUGUACCUCUCCCACCCCACCGCAGUCGCCUGCCCUUUCCCCCACACCGCACGCACCUGCCCCUUUCCCCACACCUUUCGCACCCGCCCUUCCCCCCACACCGCAUUCACCUGCAGAACUUCUUUGAUACUGAUAGAUUCCCCGACCCCGUCUCGCCGCACACAGCACUGCUGCUCCCCGCGGCCUCCAUCCCUGCGCCCUCCCUCGCCACCACUGGCAGCUGCUGUGCUUGCUUGCCCUCGCCACCACUGGCAGCCCUGCCUGCUGUGCUUCUAUCUCCGCGCAACGCUGCACCCACAGUUUGCCCCGUCUCGCCGCCUCCCCUCUCAGUUCCGCCUCUCUGCCACUUCCUUUCUCUGCAGAGCCUGCAGGCUUUCGCAGCAGCAGCGCCUGCGGGGGCGGAUUGGGUAGCCAGGAAGGGGGAGGAGGGGUAA